UCUCCGUCUACAGCAACGACCGAAGAUACCAUUUUUAAUCCGAUGAUAAGAGGGAAUUACUGAUUACUCUCUCUCUCUUUCUCUCUCUCUCUCUCUCUCCUUAUCCUCCUUCAUUCACAAUCAACGACCAGCGGCUUCCAGCUUAGAUCUUCUACCAUACAUUUCCUUAUAGGAGUAUGGACAUGAGGUUAUGCUAAGUUUGGAGAAUUAUCUGAGCUUUCUUGGAGAAUUGAGGGUGUUUGUGAAACAAUUGAGAGUUUGAAAUAUGGAAAACAAAGCAUGGGGGUGGAUUGUAGGUUUAAUAUACAUAUUUGCUGUUGCAGCUAUAUGGAUAGCUGCUAGUUUUGUGGUUCAAUCUGUUGUAGAUGCUGGGGUUUCACCGUUUCUUAUUACAUACAUUUGUAAUUCAUUAUUUGUUAUUUACAUUCCUUUAGUUGAAAUUGGGCGCUAUCUGGAGGAUCAUUAUGGUAGUUUAUUUUUCUGGAGGAAGACAAGCAGUACUAGCCCUUUGCAAGAAUUGGGAGAGUCUGAGCAGGCUAUUCUUUUAGGAGAGACAGAUUUAGGUGCAAAAGCUGAUGAGUUGAAUCCAUCUAUUUUCAUAGAAGAGGUUAAUAGUAGCCCUCAUGGAAAUGGUGUUGGUGCAGGAGUGGAAUCUAUGUCAUCCACCCUCCAAAGGAUCUUACCUGUUGGAGAGACCAGUAAAGGAGUUGAUACAAAAGGUCGAUGGACACGUGCUAGAGUGGCAAAGGUCAGCCUGCUGAUUUGCCCAUUUUGGUUCUUCGCUCAGCUGACUUUCAAUCUAUCAUUGAAAUACACUACUGUGACUUCAAAUACCAUUUUGAGCACUGCAUCCAGCCUAUUCACAUUUUUGGUCUCUCUAGCAUUCUUGGGUGAAAAGUUCACUUGGCUGAAGCUUGCCAGUGUUCUUCUUUGCAUGGCUGGUACUAUAAUUGUCAGCUUGGGUGACUCAAAAAAUGGUAUAAGUGCAGUUGCUUCAAACCCUCUUCUUGGAGACUUUUUUGCACUUAUCUCGGCUGGGUUGUAUGCUGCGUAUAUUACACUUAUCCGUUUAAAAUUUCCGGAUGAUGAUGGAAAAAGUGGUCAUGUCAGUAUGGCACAGUUCCUUGGAUAUCUAGGGCUGUUCAACCUCUUCCUUUUUCUUCCCGUUGUUCUUGUUCUGAAUUUCACCAUGUUAGAGCCUUUCAAUAUGCUUACCAGAAAGCAAUUUGGUCUAAUUGUUGGCAAAGGUUUGUUGGAUAAUGUACUGAGUGACUAUUUAUGGGCAAAGGCUGUUCUUUUGACAACCACAACAGUUGCAACAGCCGGUCUCACAAUUCAGGUUCCGUUGGCGGCGAUUGUGGAUACACUAACAGGCAAUGCCCCUCGCCUCAUGGACUACCUUGGAGCUAUAGCUGUGAUGAUUGGAUUUGCUGGAAUCAACAUUCCUGCUGAUGCUUUUAUCCAAUCAAACGAAUCAAUUGUUGAGUUUGAAAAUCAAAAUAUUAUGUCAGCUCAUCAAGAUUGCUCAUCUCCACCUCAGGGAAACGCCAUCCCAUAACAUACUGCUGAUGCUUAAAUUAAAUCACUAUACGUAUACUUCAAAGUAAUUCACGAAUACUCCAGACGGUUUCUUCCACAAAAAUUAUAAAAUAUUGCUUGAUUCUUUAGCGUAGCUUCAGAAGAAAUGCGCGCUGACUCGUUAA